AUGGCUGGUCUAAAUUUGGAGGUGUUUAAGUUCGGCGUGUAUGUCAUGUUUCCGAUUGGCAUCAUGUACUACUUUGGCACGAAUCUUGACAACCGCUUCUCCGUCCCCGAAUUUUGGCCGCGACCCGAAGAGUGCAACAAGCUGCCGCGCGACCGCGAAGAGCUCAAGAUUGAAUACGACCGCAUGCUUGCCCGACAACGUUUCAAGCAGGCUCGCUUCGAGGAGGAGCAGCGCGCCAGAGGCGAGGGAGGGGGCCGCAGUGGAAAUGAUUCUUGA